ACAAAUGCAGAUAACAGCCCAUGUAACCUACAGGGCCCGGCAGCGGGACUGUGUUUAACAAGCUGGCUGGGUGAUGUGGUGUCCUCACACUAUGCUUUUGGAAACUGCCUUAGAGUCUUCGGCCCCGUCUGGGGCGAAGUCUGGCUCGUCUGGGGCGCUCUCUGCGCACCGCAUCCGCAGAUGCGCCCUACCCCAGGAGUGCGGGGGAGGUCGGGGCGCACCCCAGAGCAGCCGCCGGGGACUGCGGGCGGGCACCUGCCGAACUUCGGGCCGCGGGGCCCAACUCCACCCGCACGCAGCGGGGUGGUGUCUUCCGGGCUGCAGCGUUGCUGGGCAGGCCGGGGGCGGAGCGGAGAAGGAAGGUGACCCGGACGGGGCGGAGUCAGCGCGGCCUGAGCGGCAGCCUUACGCGACGUGGGAGGGAUGUUGCGGCCGGUGGCGCUCCGCACCUGGAGGCGGGACAUCUCCUCCUGGCUGGACCGAUGGUUCCCUAAAGCCCCAGCCAAGUCUGUGGUGGCCCUAAAGACACCUAUCAAGGUGAAUCUGGUGGCUGGAAAAACCUACAGGUGGUGUGUAUGUGGCCGCAGCAAGAAACAGCCUUUCUGUGAUGGCUCCCACUUCUUUCAACGAACUGGCUUAUCCCCACUCAAGUUCAAGGCCCAGGAGACCCGAACGGUGGCCCUCUGUACCUGCAAGGCCACCCAGAGGCCCCCAUACUGUGAUGGCACCCACAGGAGCGAGCAGGUGCAGAAGGCAGAAGUAGGCUCCCCACUCUGAGGGGGUGGCUACUUGAUUCCAGGACUCUGACAGGCACCCCCUUUGUGGGGAAAGAAACUGAGUGCCAAGCCCAAGAAGGAACCAUCCCGGGGCCCCAGUACCCACAGCUGGCUUGUUUAGAAAUCGUUCCCCACAACCCAAGGUCUCCAGUCACAGCAAUUGGGAGGGGGUCCCUGGUUCAGGGUCUGCUGGUGGAGAAGGUGGCAUUAAACAAGCAUGACUCCCUGGA